GAGCGAGCGAGCGGAGAAAAACUGGCCGGUGUGAGAGAGAGGAGAGAGGCGGCGGAGGGAAGUGGACGAACCGGCUGGCUGCAGCUGUUGGAUAUUUUUCCCACCGUGUCUUCAGAGCGAAAAAUAGGACAGAGAGAGCUUUAAAGCGUAUUCCUAGAUGGCUGCUGUCCACAAGUUAGCAGUCAGAAUCGGUCCAGGGUCGCUGCACGAGAGACCGUAGGGAUGCUUGCACCUCUGCAUGCGUAGUUUCCAGAUUCCUCUGUCGCUGUGGACUUGCCAGUUUGGUUGAGUUUUCCUGAGGAAGGAAGAUUUUUUUUAAACAGAAAAUGACAGAAAUAAGCGAAAAGGAGAACGAACCUCAAAACCGGGACCUUCACCGACCACAGGCUACUGUGCCUAGUCAACAAGAAUCAAAGCUGCAGCGGCUGAAACGCUCCCUCUCCUUCAAAUCGGUCAUACGCAGCAAGAGUGUGGACAACUUUUUCCAGCGCAGCAACGGUGAAUCACAGCCACCUUUAUGCCUAACUGCCACAUCGGCACCACCGGCAUCUCCUCCCCCCAUGUCUGAGUCCCCUCUGGCCUAUGAACACUCUCCCUCUCUCUCUCCAUCUAUCAGUCCUAACCCUUCGUUGUCAUCACACUCCCCGUCUGUCAGUCCUUCAAUAUAUGGGACUUCCAAGAUCCAGCCAAAGUGUCAGGCCCAGCCAGUGCAGCCAGUCAAGACCCACUGUUUCCAGGAGCAUGUCUUCCGUAGGCCUACCAGCUGCCAGCGAUGCAAACAUACAAUCCAAGGAAACUCCAAGCAGGGCCUACGUUGUAAAUCUUGCAAGAUGGCCACCCACCUCUGGUGCUCCUCCGAGCUCUCCCAGCAGCCCUGUAAUGGCAAGACAGGAGCUUUUAAAAGAAACUUCAGCUCUCCUCUUCUUACCAUUGAUCCACUGGGUGUGGUUAGAGAGGCUCCUGCUGCGCAGGAAGCAGAUAAUAGCACUGUUGAUCCUGUGUAUGAGGCCUUGCGCUACGGAAUGACACUGGCUCAGUUGAGUCAAUCCAGCUUCAGCAGUAUCUCAGAAUCACCCUGUCAUGAGGAAGAAAAACUGCAAGACAAACUAGAAAACCAGCCUAUAGCUGAAGAGGAUCACAUCCCAGGAAUGCUCACCCCUCCUGAAAGCGAGAAGGCUGAUUCAGAAGAACGGGUCAGUCUAAAAACUCCAAAACGAGUGGAGGUUCGCUCUAUUCACACCUAUGUGGCGCUCUACAAGUUUCUGCCUCAGGAGAAGAACGAUUUGGAGCUGCAGCCUGGUGACAGAAUUCAAGUGACAGAUGAUUCCAAUGAAGACUGGUGGAAGGGGAAAAGCAGAAACAAGGUGGGAUUUUUUCCGGCCAACUUUGUGCAGCGUAUCCGCCCUGGUGAGAGGGUGUGGAAGGUCACUACUGGUUUCCACGGCAACCGAGACAAAGGCCAGAUGACUGUGAAAGAGUCCCAGAUCUGUAUCGGGAAGAACGAGGAGAUUGACGGCUUCCUCCGGCUGAGCAGCGGGAAGAAGAGGGGCCUGGUUCCUGUGAAGUGUCUGCUAGAAAUAUGACGGUGCUGCUUUCGCCUUGACCCUCAUUUUGUUACAGUGAUGGAGGAAUACUCAGGAGUGUUUAGCCAACACCUCACUGACCAUCAACCACCCGCCUCCAUCUCAAAAAUGUGACAGUGAAAGCAGUGUGAGUGGAAGAUAACUCACAACUUUGCUUUUUACCGCAGUUUAAGACCUAAAGGAUGCAGGGGCUUCCUUGCAAUUAUUUAGAGCUACUUUUCUUGUAGCACAGCUUUCCUUUUUUAUACCCUCACAAAUGAAAUGUAGCAUUAUGUGGAAGAGGAUAAGUGUGCAGGAAGUCUGGCUACCUCAAUAGCCAUCUCCAUUGGCCAUCUGUUUGUGAGAAAGAACAGAGGACUUUUUAAUUAUGAUGUCGAGGCUUGUCCAAGCCUAAAGAGACAUUGUAAGCAAACUGUCUUAAUGUCAUUGUUUUUGUAAAGGAAACGAGACAUUGUGAAAGUCUGUAGCUGUUUAUUGUGGUGCGUUGUGCAAACACACUGUCUGGCUGUUUGUUUGAAACCCUGUUAAACCGCCUGGAUUUGAUAGAUUUAGCUGAGAAUUUAAACCAUAUUUGGAUGUCCACACUGCAGCUCUAUAUGAGCACAUUUUACAUCAUGAUAUGGAUAUGUGUCACUUCUGCUCCGAGUAGAAAAAGAUUCAGGUAUUACAUAAUAUAUAAAAGUAAGUCUUCUCGGCUACAUCUUUUAUUAAUGACACACACAGAUUCUGAGGUUUUUACAUUUCAGACUGCUCUCCGGUGAUUGGAAUAUCGUACAUUUGUGCUCUUCACAGCUCUGAUGUGACAAAUGCUUUACGUGCACCUCGGGGAGUUUCUUUGUCAGUGUGCCCUUCAGUCGCACUUUCUUUACACACACAGAUUUCAUAAUUCACUCUGUUCAGUGUAGCGUUAAAAACCAUCCACUAGAAUCUGCUUUCUUCGUCAUAUAAACACCAAGCCAUGUCUAUCUGUAUGUAAUGUCCUGUAAUAUUCGCGGUCAUAUCUAGUUGUGUACUUCAGCAUGAGGAUGGUGUCAAUGUUAGGACUUUUUGAUGUGCUUGCUUUUCCUCCUGGACAGAGCAGAGCAAAGAAAUAAUCCAGGAUGAUUUAUUAAACUCUUCCAACUUUCAGUCUCUCAGACACUCAAAA